AUGCUCUAUCAAUGUGAGUCGACGCUCUAUCUAUGCGAGUCGACGCUCUAUCUAUGCGAGUCGACGCUCUAUCUAUGUGAGUCGACGCUCUAUCUGUGUGAGUCAACGCUCUAUCUGUGUGAGUCGACGCUCUAUCUAUGUGAGUCGACGCUCUAUCUAUGUGAUUCGAUGCUCUAUCUGUGUGAGUCGACGCUCUAUCUAUGUGAUUCGACGCUCUAUCUAUGUGGCUCGACGCUCUAUCUAUGUGAGUCGACGCUCUAUCUAUGUGAGUCGACGCUCUAUCUAUUCGACGCUCUAUCUGUGAGUGGACGAACGCUCUUUCUUUGUGAGUCGACGCUCUAUCUAUGUGAGUCGACGCUGUACCUAUGUGAGUCGACGCUCUAUCUAUGUGAGUCGACGCUCUAUCUAUGUGAGUCGACGCUCUAUCUAUGUGAGUCAACGCUCUAUCUAUAUGAGUCGACGCUCUACCUAUGUGAGUCGAUGCUCUAUCUAUGUGAGUCGACGCUCUAUCUAUGUGAGUCGACGCUCUACCUAUGUGAGUCGACGCUCUAUUUAUGUGAGUCGACGCUCUAUCUAUGCGAGUCGAUGCUCUAUCUACGUGAGUCGACGCCCUAUCUAUUCGACGCUCUAUCUGUGAGUGGACGAACGCUCUUUCUUUGUGAGUCGACGCUCUAUCUAUGUGAGUCGACGCUGUACCUAUGUGAGUCGACGCUCUAUCUAUGUGAGUCGACGCUCUAUCUAUGUGAGUCGACGCUCUAUCUAUAUGAGUCGACGCUCUACCUAUGUGAGUCGAUGCUCUAUCUAUGUGAGUCGACGCUCUAUCUAUGUGAGCCGACGCUCUAUCUAUGCGAGUCGGUGCUCUAUCUAUGUGAGUCGACGCUCUACCUUUGUGAGUCGACGCUCUAUCUAUGUGAGUCGACGCUCUAUCUAUGUGAGUCGACGCUCUAUCUAUGCGAGUCGACGCUCUAUCUAUGUGAGUCGACGCCCUAUCUAUGUGAGUCGAUGCUCUAUCUCUGCGGGUCGACGCUCUAUCUCUGCGGGUCGACGCUCUAUCUCUGUGAGUCGACGCUCUUUCUUUGUGAGUCGACGCUCUAUCUGUGA